UAAGUGGAGAACGGAUUGAUUUUCAUUUAUAACCUCGAGCAAUUUGGUUUUUUCUUCUAUAUUCAGGUUGUGCCGAUAGAACCCCUCGUUAUAGCGAUGCAACGUUACAUAUCGACGACAACUUCACUCGGCAUUCGAUCCAUAAAAACCAGUUCGAACGGAAACAAAACAAACAGAGAUCUUUCUAAAGACAAAAAGCGAAUAAUUGAAUCAUCGUUAAAAGCAGUGCAUCAAUUAAAAUUCUUUCCAUUUUUUCUCAAAUGAUAGUACACCAAAUUUCUUGAAGCACACAGAAACAAAUAUCGUGUUUGCUAUCGAGAGUUGGCGAAAAUCUAUCCCCACAAAUCUUCAAGAAAUUUGUACGAGGACGAGAAAAAUGGAGGAACAACCAACACCCUAUAGAUUCAACUGCAGAAAAUGCGAUCGGCCUGAUUCCGCGGAAGGCCAAAUGGUCGCUUGUGAUGUUUGUCAGAGAUGGGAACAUUUCGGAUGUGCCGGAGUUGAUGAAAAUAUAAAAAAACAUUCAUACGUGUGCAGCGAGUGUAAGAUGAAUAGGACUGGCACGAAACCGAAGCAGACAUUGAAGUUACCGGUUAAGAACGUCAAAACAACUUCCAGGGCAUCAUCGAAGAAGGGAGCUGCUAAAGCAGAUACUGAUCGUUCUAGUGUUAGUUCUGCAGCAAGACUAGCUAUGCUAGAAACUGAAUUGAAAAUCGUAGGCGAACAACAACAAUUGCAAGAGCAAGAACUUAACGCAGAGAAUGAGCUGAAGAAACGAGAAAUACAGGAGGCUGAGCGGCAAUUGGAGGAUAAAAAGAAAAUGUUGGAAGAAGAAAAAAGGUUGCGGGAGAAGAAACUGCAAGAAGAGAAAGAUUAUUACAACAAGCAGAAAUUGAUUCGUCGUCAGUCUAUGGAAAAGAAAAACGAAAUCAUAAAGCAAAUGUCCGAGUGCAGUAGCAAAGCAGGUUCGAUCGUCGAUCCAAGCGUGAAGGUAUCCUCAUGGCUUGAGCAACAGCAGUGCACCACCGUUCCGCCGACUAAACCAACUAACCCUGAGCCGCAGGUACCCCCCGUACUACUUCCACCGACAUCAAUCGCGGCUCUCGAGCCUGCGCCCAUUACAUCGCAAUGGGUUAAUUCAGGACCUAGCGUACCGAUGCCAAUACACUAUCAACCGGUGAACACUACAGCUGAAAACAAUCGGAUCCCGCACGAUCAUCUGUACAACCAUCUAGUUGCCCCAGGAAUGCUGAAUGCCAAUCAAUUGGCAGCACGACAGGUGCUGAACAAAGAUCUGCCAAAAUUCAAUGGCCGUCCCGAAGAUUGGCCUCUGUUUAUUACAAGCUAUGAGCAAUCGACGGAAGCAUGCGGAUAUACAGAGGUAGAAAAUCUCAUACGUCUUCAAAAAUGCCUCGAAUGCCACGCUCUGGAGUCGGUACGAAGCAAAUUACUCAUCCCAUCUAAUGUACCACAAGUGAUUCAAACACUACGCAUUCUGUACGGUAGACCGGAACUACUAAUCCGGUCCUUAUUGGAUAAAAUUCAUCACGUCCCAUCGCCUAAGCACGACCGACCGGAGACGAUCAUGGAGUUCGGAAUAUCCGUCCAAAACCUGGUUGAUCACCUGAUUGCAGCACGACAAGAUGAUCAUCUGACGAAUCCUAUACUUAUGCAGGAACUGGUGGAAAAACUACCGGGUUCACUGAGACUAGAUUGGGCUGCAUACAGAUCUCGACUUCCACGAGCUACACUGCGAUCCUUCGGUGAAUUCAUGUCGGGUCUAGUAACAGCUGCUAGUUUAGUAACAUACGAGCUUCCCAAACUUUAUAAAAUGUGUGACAAUGAUAGAAUGACAUUGAGAACUAGAGCAAUGAUUCAAACGCAUUCCUUAGAACCCGGGGCUCCCUUGGCAUCGCCCACUUACGUAGCAAGGGGAAAUAAGCUAAGCAAACCGUGUGCUUCUUGUGGUCGGGAUGGCCAUAGAGUAGCCGAAUGUCAAAAUUUCAUUGCUUUGGCGACGGACGAUCGAUGCAAGCUAGUACAGGAAAAGAACCUCUGUCGUACCUGUCUGAACAGUCAUGGGAAGUGGCCGUGCCGUUCAUGGAAGAGUUGCGAAGUGGAAGGAUGUCGUCACAAACACCACACCCUCCUCCAUUCGGUCAAUUCAAUUGGUGUGUCAGCUAGUCAUCUAUCAUCAUUCGUAGGUCAGUUCUACCUGUUUCGAAUGGUUCCUGUUGUAUUACACGGAGAGCAAACAAGUCAGAUGGUAUUUGCCUUUAUCGACGAAGGUUCUUCAGAAACGUUGCUGGAACAUUCAACUGCUAAAAGUUUGGGUUUGUCCGGCCCAAAAGAGCCGCUUGUUCUACAAUGGACAGGAAGUGUAACCCGUGAAGAAUAUCAUUCCCAACGGGUACAGCUGAAAAUAUCUGUAAAGGACAGUUCCUCCUAUCACGAUCUAAUAAAUGUGCGCACAGUCAGCCGCCUUACACUCCCGACACAAACGCUGAGAUAUCAAGAAAUGGCUAAGCGUUUUCCACAUUUACGUGGCUUGCCAAUAAAAGAUUACACUGCAGCGCAGCCAAAACUAUUGAUCGGACUAAAUAAUCUCGGUUUAUGUGUUCCCAGAAAACUACGAGAAGGCAGUCCUCAUGAACCCAUCGCUGUGAAGUGUCAACUUGGUUGGAGCAUUUAUGGCGGGUUCUCAGCUGAUCCAGCCCAACGCAUGACGGUCAACUUUCAUACAGUAGCGUCCUCUACCCCCGAUCAGUUAUUGAAUGAACAAUUACGUGACUAUUUCACCAUCGAAAAUAACAUGGUGGUCCCUCCGCUAGCGCAGCUCGAGUCCGAUGAUGAUAAACGGGCUAGAAUUCUACUAGAAACGACAACACAGCGUGUUGGACAGCGCUUCGAAACGGGUCUUCUCUGGAAGUCCGAUGUUAUAGAGUUUCCCGACAAUUACAGCAUGGCUUUGCGCCGUUUACAGUCUCUGGAGCGAAAAUUACAGAAAGAUCUUGAACUUGAGGCUCUAGUACGACAACAGAUAAGAGAUUAUUUGAAAAAGGGCUAUGCACACAAAGCCACAAACGAGGAAAUAUCAUCCAGCGAUAGCAGGCGGGUUUGGUACCUCCCUCUGGGAGUUGUGAUUAACCCAAAAAAACCCAACAAAAUCAGGCUAAUCUGGGAUGCUGCCGCAACAUUUAACGGGGUCUCGUUCAACUCCAAGAUUCUCAAAGGUCCAGAUCUCUUAACGCCUCUGCCCGCUGUGCUCACGCGUUUUCGACAACAUCCAAUAGCAAUAAGUGGAGACAUACGAGAGAUGUUUCACCAAAUCAGGAUACAGAAAAAUGAUCAGCAGUCACAACGAUUCCUGUGGAGGGAGAACUCAUCUGAACCACCUCAGAUCUACGUGAUGGAGGUUGCAACGUUUGGGUCCACGUGUUCCCCAGCGUCAGCCCAAUAUAUAAAAAACGUCAAUGCCCAAGAGUUCGCUAAUGAAUAUCCUCGGGCAGCAGAGGCGAUCCAGAAAAACCACUACGUGGAUGACUACCUGGAUAGCUUCCAGAAUAUGACUGAGGCGAUUCAGGUAGUCAAUGAAGUUAAAUUAAUACACACGAAAGGCGGAUUUGAAAUCCGAAAUUUUCUUUCAAAUUCGACUGAAGUUUUACGAGGAAUCGAUGGACUAUCAUCAGAAAGCACAAAAAAACUGCUAUUGAUGCGGGGUGAUUACACAGAAUCGGUACUCGGAAUGAAAUGGAUUCCAUCGGAAGAUGUUUUCACAUACACAUUCGCCCCUCGAGCUGACCUGGAACAUGUCUUCGUCGAUGGAUACAUUCCCACAAAACGGGAAGUGUUGAAGGUGGUAAUGAGUCUGUUUGACCCAUUGGGCUGCAUCUCGUUCUUUCUGAUCCACGGGAAAAUUAUUAUUCAGGAUGCUUGGACCUGUAAACUCGGUUGGGAUGAUCCGAUAGGUGACAGCCUUUUGGCGCGCUGGAAACAAUGGAUUGGACUCUUCAACACGCUUCCUCUUCUACGAAUACCUCGCAGUUACUUCCAGGCUGAUUCUCCAAUGAACUUCAAUGACCUCCAGUUGCACGUUUUUGUAGACGCCAGCGAGUCUGCGUAUUCGUGUGUUGCGUACUUCCGGUUGAAAAUUAACGAUCACAUCAACGUAGCGAUGGUAGCGGCCAAGACAAAGGUAGCCCCUGUAAAAUCACUCUCCAUUCCUAGACUGGAACUAAAGGCCGCAGUCGAAGGAAGUCGCUUGCUUGACUCAGUCAAAAGAUACCACACCCUGCCGAUUGCAAAAUCCUUUCUGUGGAGCGAUUCUAAGACUGUUCUAGCUUGGAUACAGUCUGAACAUCGUCGAUAUCACAAGUUCGUCGCCGUACGCGUAGGAGAAAUACUAUCGUCGAGCGAGGUGAACGAUUGGCGAUGGGUGCCCUCCAAAUUUAAUCCAGCCGACGAAGCUACAAAGUGGAAGAACGGAUCCAACAUCAAUACAAAUAAUUCUUGGUUUCAAGGGCCUAGUUUCUUGAAAAAAGAUGGAAAGUUUUGGCCAGAUCAACUACAAAUUUUCACCACACAAGAAGAAAUACGUUCCGUCCUUCCACAUUGGGUAGCCGUUUCCAUCGUAAAUCCGUCAAGAUUCAGUAAAUGGACGAUGAUGCUGAGAUCAUUAGCAUUCGUAUUCCGUUAUGUUCAAAACUUGAGACGGAAAAUAAAAGGAGAUCAACAAGUUUUCGGAGUUCUCACUCAAGACGAAUUGGAGAAGGCGGAACAGCUUCUUUGGAAAAUAGCUCAACACGACGUCUUCCAGGAAGAAAUUUCAGUACUGAUCGAAACCCAGGGUUCCCCAGAUCGCCAGCACCGCACGGUGGCUAAGUCGAGCAGAAUUUACAAACGAUGGCCUUUCCUCGAUCAAAACGGCGUUCUCAGAAUGCGUGGGAGAUUGGGCACUGCACCACAUGUGCCAUACGAAGCUAAGUACCCUACGAUUCUCCCUCAUCAACAUAGGAUAACAUUUCUCCUUGUAGAUUGGUUCCACUGCCACUUCCAUCAUGCCAACCGGGAAACUAUUACCAACGAACUAAGACAACGUUUCGAAAUUCUCAAGCUUCGUGCCCUCAUAAGUCGUGUGGCGCGAAGGUGCUGUUGGUGUCGAGUGACGAAAGUAUCGCCAAAACCUCCUGUAAUGGCUCCUCUACCAGAAAUACGGUCAAAACCAUUUAUCCGGCCAUUUACAUACGUGGGCAUCGACUACUUUGGACCUGUACACGUGAAGGUCGGUAGGAGUUUGGCUAAACGUUGGGUGGCACUGUUCACCUGCCUAACAAUAAGGGCAGUACACCUAGAAAUUGUCCACAGCUUAUCGACGGAAUCAUGCAUCAUGGCCAUCCGUAGAUUUGUUUCACGUCGUGGUACGCCAGCUGAAUUUUAUUCCGACAACGGGACUUGUUUCCAAGGAGCGAACAAGGAGCUAAGGAAAGAAAUUGAAACACGGAACACCGAAUUGGCCCUGACAUUUACUAGCGCAAAAACUAAAUGGAAUUUUAUUCCACCUUCUGCGCCCCACAUGGGUGGAAUAUGGGAAAGACUCGUACGUUCAAUAAAAUUGGCUGUUGGAACGAUAAUUGAAGCUCCUCGGCGACCAGAUGAUGAGACCUUAGAAACAGUGCUCUACGAAGCGGAAGCUAUGGUUAACUGUAGACCAUUAACUUACAUUCCUCUGGAAUCAGCAGAUGAAGAAUCAUUGACACCGAAUCAUUUUUUGCUUGGCAGCUCAAAUGGUGUGAAAAUACUCCCGACCGAACCUGUUCUUGAACAUGCAACGUUGAGAAGUAGCUGGAAGCUGGCACAGUACAUAACCGACCGAUUUUGGCACAGGUGGAUUAAGGAGUAUUUACCUGUGAUUACUCGUCGAUGUAAAUGGUUCGAGGAGGUGAGAGAUCUGCGAGUUGGUGAUCUAGUUCUGGCAGUCAGUGGAGUGGCAAGGAACCAAUGGAUCAGGGGACGUAUAAUCGAAAUCAUACCCGGUAGAGAUGGACGAGUUCGACAGGCGUUAGUGAAGACGUCGACCGGAGUGCUGAGAAGGCCGGCGAUGAAACUUGCGGUUCUUGACGUCAUGGAUGGGUGUAAACCCGGUGACGGGUGAGCAAAUGUAUACAUCAGUUCUUCACCAGGAUUUACAGGGGGAGGUAUGUGCCGAUAGAACCCCUCGUUAUAGCGAUGCAACGUUACAUAUCGACGACAACUUCACUCGGCAUUCGAUCCAUAAAAACCAGUUCGAACGGAAACAAAACAAACAGAGAUCUUUCUAAAGACAAAAAGCGAAUAAUUGAAUCAUCGUUAAAAGCAGUGCAUCAAUUAAAAUUCUUUCCAUUUUUUCUCAAAUGAUAGUACACCAAAUUUCUUGAAGCACACAGAAACAAAUAUCGUGUUUGCUAUCGAGAGUUGGCGAAAAUCUAUCCCCAC